AAAUUGCAGAGGCCAGGCAGCUGCAGACUUUCUCUUGAGUUCUGACAAGGCCCAGGGACCGUCGAUAUGAGAACAACUCGAAUCCCGAUCUUAAUGAUUUUAAGCAUUUGUAUCAUUUGGAGCUUUUCCCAAGUUUAUUCCACUGGAAAAUCAACUGGGAAGAAAGAUACCAGUGGCUUUGAUUACUGUAAUGAGAAAGAUAUGUGUGGUGAUACUGGUGUAUGUCGACGGAAGCCAAAUGGUCACGUCUGCAUCUGUAAUGGAAGGAAAGGCACGGAGAACAAAAAACCAUGCAUAGACCUAUUUUGCCCCUCAGAACAGAAACAUAUUAAAUCUCAAGCAUGUGAUGAGGAUUUGAGCAGCAAUGAAGGACAAAGUGAUGCAAUGACUGAUAAUUCCUAUUGUUCCAUCAUUCGUUUAGUCUCUGACAUUGAUAAGGAGUGUCAAAAUUAUACAAACAGUAACAAAAGUCAGCCUUUACUUCAGACCAUGAUAGAGUAUGUCAGCAACACAACCAAUCGUGAGUCCGCAUGGUUCAACAUGGAGAAUGGCCAGAGGCAUGAGGCAUUGACGCUUCUCCUGAGCUCAGUGGAGAGCAUUGUCAUGAUGACGACGAUAGACAUGAACGCCACUAACUACAACCUAACGACGACCAACGUUGAUAUCCAAAUCCAAGUUCUUCAGAACAAGAAUGGAGCUACGGCUUUAUCAGCUAAUGGGAAUAAGAUGGAGUUUCACUGGGAAAAGCACCACACUGAGUUUGCUGCUGUUUCCUUCAUCUCCUGCCGCAGCAUGGGAAUGCUUAUGGAAGACAGUGGCUUGGAAAUGGAAAAUAAGAAAUACGGGACUGAAUAUCUCCAGCUGAACUCGGAUGUGCUCAUCGCCACGGUUACCAAGACCAACAAAACCCGCCAAAACACCACUUUCACCAUCGAAAAGAAAAAGGUCAGUGAUGUUGAUGAUUACACUGUCUGUGUGUACUGGAACACUGGCACCAAUACCUGGUCCACCAAAGGCUGUUUGAAAGUGUCAUCGACUGUCUCACACACUGUCUGUCAAUGCUCACACUUGAGUAGUUUUGCCGUGCUGGUCGCACUCUACAAGGUGGAGGGUCCUGCUCUGACCACCAUCACCUACGUGGGGAUCAUUACCUCGCUAGUGUGCCUUGCCAUCGCUAUCAUCACCUUCACCAUGUGCCGGCCGAUCCAUAGCACACGUACCACCAUCCACACCCACCUGUGCUUGUGCUUGUUUGUGGCGGAACUACUGUUCCUCGUUGGGAUGUCAGUAACAAACAGCAGGGCUGUUUGUGCUGCUGUUGCUGGGAUCCUUCACUACCUCUUCCUGGUGUGUUUUAUGUGGAUGCUCCUCGAAGGCGUCCAGCUUUACCUGAUGGUGGUCAAAGUCUUCUGGACCCAGAGCCUCCGAGGGAGAUACACUCAGCCUAUUGCCUACGGCAUCCCAGUUAUAAUCGUCAUUAUCUCAGCCGCAGUUAACCCGAAUGGUUAUGGCACCAGAGAAUAUUGUUGGCUGUCGAUGGAAAAAGGUUUUCGAUGGAGCUUUGUGGGUCCCCUGUGUGUGAUCUGUCUGGCCAAUUUUGUUUUCCUCAUUCUGACGAUAUGGAAGCUGGCCCUGAAAUUUCACACCGUGAAUCCAGACCUAUCGAGCUUACAACGACUCAGAAUGUUCAUCAUCACAGCAAUUGCUCAACUGGUCCUGCUGGGCUGUACCUGGAUAAUUGGAGUAUUCCAUUUCCAGGCACGGACUGCAGCGCUGGCUUACAUCUUCACCAUUGCCAACAGUUUCCAGGGAACAUUCAUCUUCCUCCUGCACUGUGUCAACAGCAAACAGGUGCGAGAUGAGUAUCGCAAAUGGAUUUCAAUGUUCUUCACUGAGCUGAAGAUCUCAAAGUAUGCGGCGUUCUCGGUAUCCUCACACCCCAACAACUUCAGCCAGGAACCCACCAGAUCAGAGUCGAGCCUGUGAAAAGGGUCUGACAAAGAUUUGCAGACUUGAUGUCACAGGAAUAUGCUGCUGAGGCUGGAAACUGGACAAUGCACCGCUGACCUCUCCAGAUUAUUGCAUCUUGCCCUCAGCAGGUUUCCUUUAGCAUUAAGGCGCUGGCAAUGUUACCCUCAUGCCUCCAUGAGAUCGACCCUCCCAACUUUGGCCUGCAUGCUGAGAAGAUUUAACAAAGAAUACAGGAGCAGGAGAAGGCUAUUUGGCCCUUCCAAAGUGCUCUGCCAUACAAUAUGAUUGUGGCCAAUCGUUUAACUCAGGCUCCUGUUCCUGCUUUAACACCCAAUACUUUGACCCCAUUUCACCCUCUGAACAACAUCUAUUUCCCACUGGCAAAGAUCCAAUAUUUUGCCCUCAGCCACUUUCUGGGCUAGAAAAUUCCACAGUCUCCCCACUCUCUGGGUGAAGACAUUUCUCCUCGUCUCAGUCCUAAAUGACCCACUCUGUAUCCAUAGACAGUGACCCCCGGUCAUAGACUUCC